GUCGCGGCCGCGAGUGUGUGUCAUUCGCGCUAACGCCUUUACCAACAUUCCUCUCGCGCAGUGAAAACUUCAUAAAAAAUAUUUUAUUGCAAAAACAAAUGGCCGUCGAUAGUGAAACUUAAACUAGUGAAUAAGCACAGUGUUCUGUGAGAGUUUAUAAGCUGACAGUAAAGUUAGCGUGAGUUUACUUGAAUUCCGAGCCUCGCACCGCUCGGAAAGAGCUGAGUGACAGUUUGGUGUGUAUUGUGCGAGUUUUUCUCGAAGGAUUUUCUCUAUUAGCGAGCCGGAGGCGCAGCCCUUGCCCCCGUCAUGGAGGGUUACUUCGACAACGACCUGAAGGACGUGUUUGAGGCGGACAUUGACCCGGACAUGCAAGAAGUUCUCGACGAGGACUCCACUAUGAACGACUGGCUCAUCGACUCCAAAUCCGGCGUGGUGCUGCACGACAGGCUCAUGACCGACGCGGCCCUCGGCGCGGCUCCCAUCAAGACAGAACACUCCUACAGCCUACACUCCGACGUCGAAUCAGCACCCUCAUCGCCACACCACACCAAAGUCGACGACAUGGAAGACGAGUGUUACCCAGCAAUGCCCGCCAGCGCUUGGAGCAGCCGACGGAGGUCCAGCGAGUCACCGCCACGGGAGGUCAAAAUGGAGCCCAAAUCCGAACCAGAGUCACCAGCGUCAUCAUGCCCACCAUCUCCCACGCCAGGCACACCUGUCACACACUUGGACUAUGUCAUCGACCACACAACGGGCACAAUCCACAUGCCGCAAGCAGUUCUCCAGAAAGUGGGCGCGGCGGGCGUGCCGCAGCUGUUGCUCAGCGCAGCACCCCGGCUGGCCAACUCGCUGUCCUCCAACAAGCUCUCCAUCAAGGUCACGUCCAGCUCGGGAGCGUCAGGGUUCAACUUACCCCCGACGCCGCCGUCAUCGCUAUCAUCAUCCGACAGCGAAGGGGCUUUAUCCCCCGAGCACGAGGGAGCCACCCCCGCGCCCGCCGCCGCCCCCUCGCGCCGCAGCCACCUGUACGUGUCACACCACUCGCGCCAGCCCAUCAAUACGCCGCUCAUUAGCAGCCAGCCGAAAGGCUCGACAGGCACGCUAAUGCUGACGGAAGAAGAAAAGCGCACUCUCCUAGCCGAGGGCUACCCGGUGCCCACGCGCCUGCCGCUCACCAAGGCCGAGGAGAAGUCGCUCAAGAAGAUACGGAGGAAAAUUAAAAAUAAGAUAUCUGCACAAGAAAGCCGGCGCAAAAAGAAGGAAUACAUGGACCAGUUGGAGAGGAAGGUAGAAAUUUUAGUAUCAGAGAACUCAGACUACAGAAAAAGGGUCGAGACGUUGGAACAGAAGAAUGCGAGUCUCCUCAGCCAGCUGGCCGCCUUGCAAGCGCUGGUCACGCGCGGCCGCAAGUGACGUCACCGCCCGCUGUGACGUCACACACAUGUAUUACACGAUCGGCUUCGAAUUCGAUCACAAGAUACGGGCGGUUUUAUGUAGGUGGCUCAGUAUCGAUUUUUGUUUCACUGUUUUAUAACGCAAUAAAGUUUUUAAAAAAUCUUUGGCUUGUUCUCAUGGGACCGAUUUAAUGAUGAUUUUUAUUCGAAAGCUGAAAUUGGGAUAGUUCAAAAUUAUAAGAAAAUCUCUUCAGUACUAUAAAUAAGUAAAUAUCUAUCGGCUCUUUUGGUACAGAGAUCAGCCAUACAAUAUGUUUUAUUCCGUUGCAUUAUACGAGGGAUCACUAGAAUGACAUACUGAGCCACCUGACAAAGAAAGAAUUAUAAUUUUUGAAUUUGAUAUGUAUAUUUAAGGUUUCAUCUUGUGGUCCGAUUCGAUGCGUUGACACAAAAGGCUGUGAGAAACUGUAAGCGUUGGUUCUCACAGUUGCUAGCGUUGUUUGUAAUCGUAAGUCCCUUACGGCGUGUAUGUAAUUGACGAUGUAUAUUUUGGAAGUAUUUACACGGUCGGUGGGUUGCUCAGUUAGUGGUAGGUCUGUGCCCGUGCCACUAGAUAUUUAUUUUGUUCCACGCCGUUACGUCGAGACGUGUCCGAGGAUUGACUCCAAGACAGGGAAUAGUACUGGGGAUUAAAUAAGUCGAUAGUUAUUUACGCGUGUUGUUUGAAAUCUCGUAAUAUAUUUUAAUAGUGCUGUAGAAGCGUUACAUAAUUUAAGUUUUAAUUUGUGCGUGUUUUUAUUAAAAUGUGCAAUUAGGUUAAGGAUUUAUUUGUUACCCAAAGCAUACGUUGUAAUAGUAUGUCGCCGCGGCGAGCGCGCGGUCGUCAGUUGAUGUUACGUGGAUCAUUAUUGGCCCAUACGUUCUGCAGUGGCACUGGACUAAGCAGGCGAUAAGUUGUGACUGGUCACUAUUUAAAUUAUAUUGUAGUAGAGAUGCAAAAGGCAACCCUUUUGUGAAUUUGAUAUAACUCUAUUUACCAGACUUAAAGUUGUUGCCUCUCUUUCCGAUGAUACGGUGCCAGACAGAGACGGAAGGUGUGUGGACUUCCGCCGCGUCUGGCAUGUCGGCCUACUUCUUCAGCUAUCGUGUUAUGGUGGUGUUGUCGGAAUCUUCGUAGCAUAAUAUAAGGCGCGCACCAUACACGCGCGUCUUAACGGUAAAUAUUGAAUUCCAUGAAUUUGCAUUUAUAGCGAAAUGUGUGUCGUCCUAAGAGAUUUUAUCUUGUAUUUAAGAUAACGUUAGAUAUAUCCAUAGAGGACCUGUAUAAAGCCGAUUUGUAUGACAAUUGUUUUCGGUUAUAUCUAGUCUCUUGUAGAACCAUGGGGCCUCAUUGUCGAGGCCUCGCGAUAGAAACAUUUAGCUGUAUUCAAUCUCAUACUGCGCUCAACAGAUUUACAAGUACAAAUAAUGGCAUGCCUUCGAGAAACUAACGUGAAGUAGCUAACAUGAGCCUCCAUACCAUGAGCAUAUUGACCCUUCAAGUACUAGCAGUAUUUUAUGUGUAAUUUGCUGUAACAGUUUCGCGUAAGCCUUUGAAGGAAUCUCUACCGCCUGACGUUAGUUGUAUUUUUAUAUUUCAUCCGGGGACGUUAAGCCUUAUAUUUUUGUAAAAUGUUAUAUUUCAUUAAAAUUUAAUUUAAUCAUAGUUCUUUAAUUUGCUUAAAGUGCCUUAAGUUAAUAGAAUGACACCACUAAAUAGAUUUUAUGCAAAUUUACGGAUCAAACUUUAAUUUCCUAACAAAUGGCAAAAGGAUUUACUCACCAAUUUUAUUGUCGAUGGCUUUUGUCUAAGCACGUGAAAAAGUGCUUUUUAUAAGCCUUCUUGCAAACAUAAAUGAGUUUUUACUUUUUACAGUCUGAAUUUUGCUGAAAUAUAUGGCAACACCAGUCCCCGGUCUUGCCAAUAAUAAUUCCAUUCUGGGAACGCAUGCGCAGUUUGGUAAACUGCAUUUGCACCACUAACAUUCUUUACUAAACAUUCCAUACUUCUCGAGUAGAAUGAGUGACUUAAAGUGAGCUCGUGUACUUACACUAACUUAGAAUAAUACAAAUUAAUUAACUCUGUACAAAUAUCUGUUUUACAUAUGUUAUAUAUCGAGCUGUUAUUACUUACUUCGCUAGUGUUUAUACAUCAAUAUUAAAUGUCUAUGCUGUUCUUACGGGCCACGGAGUCGCCGAGUCUGUAGUAAGCACGGCGCUUAGUGUAGCUAUGCAACGUAUGAUUGAAAUACUAAAGAAAAUUCAUGCAGACCAGCAGAAUUUUAUUAUACUUAUUGAAUAAUAAAUGGAGUUUAUAAAUUGUUUUUUGUUGUUAAAAGUAGUGAAAUAAAUUCUACAUUAAUUGAUGUUGAACAAAAAUUCCGGUAUUGUGCAAAAUCAAUUAAAGGUUGUUUACUCCACUGCUAAGCGCUGUGCUUAAAAGCAGUCUUGUCUACUCUGUGUUGCCAUUAGUCUAUUAUUGUAUAGCAAUUUUGAUAGAAUUACGAAUUGCCAGUUGAAUUUAACGGAUGUGAUAAACAGAAGUAUUUUAUUACUUUUGAUCAUUAGAAUAGUGUUUUUGAAAUAUUUAUAUGCUCAAACAUUUUUUUAGUAAAAUCAAUUUUUAUUACUUUUAUUUAUAAAAUCAAAAUUUUACUUAAAAUCUUUUAUCAACUACUUGUUAUCAUUUAUUACAUCUGUUAAAUUACCGGCCUAAAUAAAUAUUGUUUCGUAUUAAUAUUUUUAAUGUGUGUGCAAUUAUCUUUUACAUUUUGAAAGUUCUUCCUAUUUAGAGAAUUAAGGAAAUGUCUAUUUAUAUUACGCUGAGAUAUAAUAUAUCAUCAUUAUAUUGACCCGUCUCACCAGGGAUCGUAUUAAGAGAAUUGAGAUAUAUUUUAAGAGAUUUUUUCUAAUGAAAUUUUAGAAAUAUAUAUUUAACACUGUUUUACGUGUCUUUAUCGCUAUACAAGUUAGGUCUCUAGUUUACUGUACGGUAGUAUCUACUCCAGAUACAGUGUUGAACGUGCGUGCCUGCUAUCAGCAUUGAUUUUACCAAUACGAAAUAAGCAUCAACGAUAGUGUAGCAAAUGACGAUAGAAAAGUAUCAUUUUAGAAACUUUGUACUUUUAAAGUAUUUAACAUGUAAAAUGUUUAAUUCCUAACAUGGCAUUUACUGUCUACAAAAAGAGUGAUGUAAUUGAAAACGACUUAUAUAAAUUAACUAAAUUAGUUGAUAUUUAACUUAUGGAAUUAUAUUAUUAAGUAGCGCAGCGUGCGCGGUCGUCUGACACGAUGCAUUGUAAUGGAAUGCCAAACAUACAUAAUUUUACAUGUUAUUUUGUGAGCACCGCACACAUUUUGGGUGACAAUAGUUCGACCCGUUCGAGAUCGGUCGAUGAUUGCAUCGAUACAAUUCGAUUUGAAGAAUGAAUGAAAUGUGAUGCAUGAGAGAACCAAUUGACAUUUGACAUCGCAUGCAUGAACGAACAUUCCAAAAUUCAAAUUUCGAACGGGUCGCUGUGGGAGCGGGACUGUGCGCCUGCGGUAGUUUGUUAUACAUUUUGAAGUGUAAUUUUAUUGAUAGUUUUAUUGUUAAAACUAUUCGCUGUUACCUUGAGUCAUGAUUUGUUGAAUCGUUUGUUUUAUUAUUAUUUUCCAAUGACAUUGCGGAUUUUACUGUCACCCUUGAGCUAAUAAAGUGUCAAAUAUUGUA